CCGUAAAAUCAAAAACACAUCUUUAUUAUGUUUCUUUUUUAUGAAUAUUUUGAAAAAUUGCUAGGGUGAAGAAAAAUGACGGCGAAUGAUGUGGCCAGUCUACAAGUUUCUUUACCUCAAAUGUUAGAUUUAGCAUUGGGGACUCCAGAAGUUGGAGCAGUAAAUUUAAAUAUCCUUCAUAACUUUCUUCAUAUUCUACUGCAUCAUAUAAAUUUAAAAUCGACUAAGGUCGAGUAUCGCGGUGACGAUGCUAAAAGAAUCAAGACAUUGGUAAGUUCUCUACAAGAGGGUCCUUCGCUUUAUCUUCAAGAAUAUAGUAUUAUCGAUGACAAAGAUGUAGAGCAAAAACGAGUUCGUCCCGAAGUAGGUGUAAGAGUGGAUGUGAUUGAAGGUAAGAAAGUAUUUUUUAAUAAAUCUGAAGAAAAGGAUGAAGAUUUAAAGAAGACAGAGGGUGUGAAACAAAUAAUUGGUCCUGGAAAAGAUGAAGAAGUGCAAACGAUCAUCUACAUCGAACCGAUCGUCGAUGGUGCAAUCCCCAGCGCUUUAGCUUUUAAACAACUCGAGCAAAAUGUAAAAAAAAUAUCUGAACAGAUGAGCGAUCUUCAGCAACAGUUCCAAGCGUUGGAAGAAUUAGCGAAGACACCAGAACUCAUCGAGCGUUUAAAAGGCAAGAUCACGGAUCCCUUGACCGAUGUUUGGCAAAUUAUUAACAUCACCAAAAGAUUAGAUGCUAGUGAACAAGGUAUUGAUAAGUUAACGAAAAUGGUACAAGAUAUGAUGAAAGGUGACAUAAGCCUAGCGACAACCGAGAUAUCAAAGUUGGAAGAAAAGAUAACGCAUUUGGAAAACUCUUUAAACAAUUUGGAAAAUGUCGUUAAGAAUUUGCAUGUGCUCGCAAGCGAAUAUGUCGGAGAGAUGGAAGAAGAAAUGGAGAAAGAGAUAAUAGAAGGUGCAGAGGAGCCUCAUCCACCGGCUGCUCAACGAAUUUCCUUAAGCGAGCUCCUCGGUGGAAUAGAUAUAAAAGAGAUGCACAAAGACGUGGCUACGUUGCAGGAGGAGGUUAAUCAAAUAAAGAACAAUUUGAAGGAAUUACAGGACGAGUUCAGCCAGACAAAAGAUGAAUUCGGCACUAGACUGGAUCGGAAACAUCGAAAUAUACAAACAUUGAAGGAGCAGCUGGAAGAAGUAGCGCAAGAAGCUAAGAAGAAAAUAGAGGUUGCGACUGAAAUAAAAGAGACGGUGGCAGAAGAACCUAAAGAACCUAAAGAACCGCCUAAAGAAAUACAUAAAGAACCACCUAAAGAAAUAAUUAAAGAAACGCCUAGGGAAACGCCUAAGGAAACCUCUGUAGAAUCGCCAAAACCAGCGAAAGAGGAAAAAGGGGUAAAUUCGGAGGAAUUGGAGACCGUGAAAGGACGAAUCUCGAAAUUAGAGAAGGAUGUGAUGAACUUGCACGAGAAAGUAGAGACUACACACAUAGUCGAUGCUUCCAAUCUCGAGAACUUGGCGUCCAAGGUUCAGGAAAUGCAAGGCGAUGUGGAGAAAUUGACCCAGACUACAGAUAAUCUGAUCGACGAACGCGAAACUCGCGAGAUGCAUUUCAGCAUUGUGACUUACCAGGCGUUACUAGAGCAAGUAGAACUUUUGAAAACGAUUAAAGCUGACAGAGAAGAUCUGGAGGAGGCGCUUGCCGAGAAAGCUGAUGCCCAGGCGAUACACAGAAAGGUGUCUUACGAUCAAUUCGAUGCGGCUUGCGAUGAUCUCGCUCACGGUCUCGAGGACGCGAUCAAUAAAUUAGGGCAACAGGAAAUGAUCUUGCAACAAGCUCUGGACGAAGUGCAAAAGGAGAUCGAGGGUAAAGUAGACAAGAUCGAGAUAUCUCCGUUGAAGGAGUUCGUGAACCAGCGGCUGAAGGUGCUUCAAGAUAAGCUGAAGAAGGUGGCGGAAGCGAGGGAGGAAAUCGAGGCUGCUGGAACGAAAAAGUUGCUUAGGGACGUCCAAUGCAUAUCCUGUGACAAGGAUGUGGUCAUGAGAAUGGAUGGAGUUCCCAGAUUUAAAGUGGAAACAUUGCCAUGCACCACAAGCAUGAAGCCAUAUCUGACCUACGAGUUGGAUCAAGUUAGAAAACAGCACAGGAAAUUGCCCCAUAGCAGAAAUAUGAUUCAAUUCGAGGCAGCUAUUCAAGAGGAGGCAAAGAAACAGAGGAGUGCUAGAGCAGAGGCACUUGUAAAGACUCCUAGGUAUGUAUGUAUGAUUUCACUUGCUAUGAUCUCGAAAAAUGGAUUAAAAAAAAUAAGUGAAACUGAAUUAACUUCAUUGAAAACAUUCUUAAUUAUCAGAGAUCAUCUGUGCAAUCGAUACUGCGGCGGUAGUCACACGAUUACGACUCCACAGCAGAGAGUAAUGCGAGUGGGUCAUUUCCUCACUCAAUGGGGGCCGGAAAUAAUUCAGCUGACGGAGGGGAUGAUAAAGGGAACGGAUGGUAGAAUGUACAAAAGUCGACGUAUGCCAGAAAAAAUCGAUGUUUGCGGGCCUGCAUAUUGCGAUUUGCCAUCGGUAAUCGUUAUUUAUGCACUUUUCAGCUUCGAAAGAUAAUGGAAGAUAAUUGGAUUUCAGGACAGACAGUCGGCGAUUUCCGUGAACUCCUCUCUACCACCGCAUAAACUGGGUUCUGAGAAAAUGACGUCUUCUACCACAAGUAGAACGAAUAGACAUUUUUAUUCUGUUUCCUUUCAAAACAAUUUUCUUAUUAUUAUAUGUGAACACGUGUAUUUAAAUAUAAAAUAUUCCGUUGCUGUUAUUUUUUUAUUUUCUUAUGUAUAUUAUAACAAUGGAAAGGAGUAGAGACGUUCAUUCUAAAAAAAAAAAAGAUGAAAAUACAUUUUCGCGCGAAAAAUAAUUCAUCUUUUGAACAAAUUAUAAUAACACUGAUAUAAUUUCGAAAGGGGGAAAACGAAACAUGCCGAAGAGAAGAUCUCGGGAAAUGGCGAAAGAAGUGAUAGAAGAGGUAAAUAAAUUGGAAAGUUUAAAGAAAAUGGAUUUUAUAAUAGACACAAAGAAAAAUAAGAUAAAUAGAAUACUUUACAUCAUACACUAUUACUGUUAUUCUAGUAUGUAGCCUUGAACUUUUAUCUAUGAGAAUAUUUAGCAUAUUAAUCUGAUAUCUCGUUCACGAAACAUGACAAAAUACUUUGAAGAUUGUUUUUCUCAUCCAUAUAUAUUGUUUAAGAAAUGAAAAUAAUAUUUAAAUCGUUCCGUUUAUAGCUUGCAGAAACAACUGCAACGGAGGGAGACGAUCAGGAGUCUAUUGGUCCAAUCGAUGCAUCGAUUUCUGAUCGUGGUAUGCGUUACACGGAUGACGAGGAGAUCGGGGACCAAGAUUAAAUAAAAAAUCUGAAUAAUAAACGUCUAAAUACAUAUUUUCCACGAAAUCAAUUGAUUCAAAAUUUUCUGAUCACCUUAUCUGAAACAAAUUGUGAUCAUCUGAAUAAUAUAAGGUUAUAGUAUAAUAAAGAUGUAAAAAAUAUAAAAUAUCGAAGAAACCAUAUCCUAAAUCUGUUUAUUAAUUUCUAUAAGAAAAAAAAAUAUUGAAAUUAUCGAAAUUUGAAAAUGGAAUUAUCGAAAUCCAAGACAUAUUUUUACUUCUCUUUCUCUACUCGCGUACGAUUUAUAUAAUAAAUGUAUCAACAAAACGAUCGAUAGAUUAGGAAAACAAAAAACUGUUGUUUUAUUAAAUGUUUUUAUUAUUAAGAGGGAAUUUCGGAGUACACAAGACUAUCUAGUGAAGUCGAUUUGGAACAUGGGUGGUCUGCUAGAAACAAAAAUACCACGCAUCAUAAUGACCACACUAGAUCGCUCUUCGUUUAUUGCACAUCACACACCGUUCGAAAACCGUUUACAUUAAAGGGUGUAGCGCUCGAAUAGUCUUUUAUAAUAAUAUUGGACUCGUUCUCCAUUUUCCAUUCUCCAUUCGAUCAUUUCCCCAUCUUCGAUCAUUCACCUUCCUACAAACGACUAUGCGCUAGUGUUUCUUCUGUAAUAAUAAUACAAUAUUUGUGUAUACGUGUAAUGAUGUAUACAUUCGGAGCUAGUUUCUACUUCAUAUAAAUUUCAAGGUACAGGAAGUAUCUACAAGUAUCUACCACAUAAUUUACGACUGCCUUGUUCUUUGUCUUUUUUUUUUCUUUUUUUUUUUCUUUUUUUCUUUUUUUCCUCCCCUUUUAUUCAUUUUGGUGAACGGCGUUCUUUUUUUUUUUUUUUCCUUUAAUCUACGUCUGCUAAAUAUACCUAACCUAUAAUAAUAAUAAUAAGAUUACCAUAGAUUACCUCGCUAUGAUCUUAAAAUCAACGGUAUACACGGAAUCAUGACAGUAAGAUCAUUGGCUUAUAACGACACAAUGCAAUAAAUAGAAUGCCAAAUAAAUAUACGUACAGAUAGAUUAUACUUAUUAUUUUUUUUUUUCUUUCUUUCCCCCUCCUCGAUAAUCAUCCAUUAAAAGGGUUGGGAACAAUAUAAUGUCUUAAAUAUUAACAUGGAUAUGCAUUAUCGAUUACAGUUAAUAAUACUGGCAGCUUAAAGUACAACGUGUAUGUAUUACACUCAACCUAAUCGAAAAAGGAAAUGGUAGAGAGUGCCAAAUAUACAUACAUUUGGUACAAUUAUUCCUUUGCACAUUGACUUAAUGAAAUAAAUACACUGGUAUCACGUAUUCACGCGACUUCAACAAAUUGGAAUGGAAUAUAUAUCUAACGAUAAAAAUAAAUAAUACUUUGGAAAAAUCGUAAUCUAAGACUAAUUGCAGGCAUCAUGGCACUCGUCUACGUAUGAUGUGGUCUCUCUAGAUUAUGUCUAAUCGAUGACGAGAAGUACGAUAAAAUAUUUGGUUACGUUAGCCACCACAGACUCAAUUGACCGACGAAAGAAAGAAAACUCGUUCACAACCGUAUGCGAAUCGAAUCCUAAUCUCGAAAUAAUUAUUGUAACACCACGGACGUCUCUCGUGUCGCGUUCGUUAGAAAACGCGUCGUUGCUGAUUAUCCAAUUACAAUAUCGACUUAAAAAUUAUCGUUAUCGUUAAUUUUAUUAUAUUACGCUAUCGUUAUUGUUAAUUAUUAUUAUUAUUAUUAUUAUUAUUAUUAUUAUUAUCGUAUUAUCAUAAUCGUACGUACGAGAAUAUUGCACACAGCGACCAACAGACAAUGGAUAAAGGGAACUAAGUAACAGAUCACAGGUGAAACUAGGCUAUCUCUGUAACAAAUUCAAUAUCACAUGAAAAAAUAUGUAUCGGUUGCCACCUAUCGCAAAAAUCUCCCAAAAAUAAGAGACUGUCGGACGGAUGACUCGAGUGACGAGCCAUCGAUGGUUCGGAUUGGCUGACCUCGAUCAUCUUUAUUCACUUUUCUUCACCGGUCAGUCCGGACGAAAAAAUAUCAUCAUCAUUAUCAUCAUCAUCAUCAUGUUCACGUCCAUUCUUCCCUCGUUUCUCUAUUCGAUAUCAUCAAAAGUAAAGCAACUCAGUCAGAUCAAUUUCUGAGCCUAAUCGCUUAUCAAUGGCGACGAAUGGUAACUAAAAACCUCGACUAAAUGAUCAGACGAUUAGCAGUAAACUUUGGCAAACUUUGAACCGCGGUUACGGAACCACGUUACUUCGUCCAUUCUUCGUCUCAUUCCUUCGUCUCUUUCUCCCUGCCUUUCCUCGCACGAACGAAAAAACGCGACUUAACUCUUUUCUUUGGCUUCCAGCUCUUCGGCAGUGGCCACGUGGCACGGCCAACUACGUGUACAUCUAAUUCUAAAGCACGUAUUACCUCUUCCUAGAUUAUCGCAUAAUA